AUAGGGCCCAAGAGCUGUAAGCAACUGCUUCAAGAUGGUUAUAAUUCCAGUGGCGAGUACACCAUUAAUCCAGAUGGCGGCAAACCAAUUCAAGUGUUAUGUGACAUGGAUACCGAUGGUGGGGGUUGGACCGUUUUUCAGAGACGUUUGGAUGGCUCCGUUGACUUCUAUCUUGGAUGGGAAUCCUACAGAAGAGGAUUUGGAAAUCUGAACAGAGAGUUCUGGCUCGGAAACGACAAUCUUCACCGUUUGACUGCUGCUGAUGACGUCAAGCUCAGAGUUGACCUGGAAGACUUUGAUGGAAACAUCAAGUACGCUGAGUACACGACUUUUAAGGUGGCAAGUGAGGCAGAUAAAUACAGGCUUUUGAUUGAAGGAUACAGUGGCACGGCUGGUGACGCUAUGACCAAUAGACAUAAGUAAGCAGAAAUGGUUUUUUAGGACUGAACUGAAAUUAGAGAGGGCUCCGUCAUCUGUACAAGUAUAUUUUAUAACGCAGUCUUUCUGUCAACCUGGGGCUCACCUCUUUGGUUUGCUGUGUUUUCUGAUCGUUCGGGAUCGAGUAGUCCUAAAAGGGUUUGUUGUCGUUAGUAAUGGCUAACACAAUCUGGGGGAAAGUCAUCUUUAGAGUCAAAUGAGGAGGUAUUUCUCGCGUGUUAAAAUUCUGGCUCAUGCAACUGUUCGUUAUUCUCAGAUGUUAUGGGAACUAGGCAAAGCAUCAGUCACCUUCUUCGACGAACGUUCUUCUCAACGUUACUCCUAUCCAGACGAUCAGACUUCACAUUUAACUUUUGCGCGUGAGCUCUGACCAUUUACUGUUUAAUUGUAUUACUAUUAAAAUUGGAAAGCAUAAGUUUAACUUCUACUCCUCUCUCUCUCGCUUUGGCCGAAAACGAGGUAAGACUGCCAGGAACAGGACCAAGAACUUUAAUUUGGUUUCAGAUUUACAAAGUCUGAGAACGUUUUCCUUCUACGUUCUUUGUGUUGAUGGGGACCCUUGCAAGGGAAAACUACAGCUUAAAUUGCUGAAGACAGGAUAAUGAGGGCAGCACACCUUGCAAACUUUAAUCUCACUUAUAAUUAUUUUCCAUGGUUUUCCAUAAUCUAAUGCCAGUCUCCCCGCCUGCUUGCGUGUUUGUUUGUGUGUGCCUGCCUACCCAUCUGCCUGCGUGUCUGUUUGUCUGUCCAUCCGUCUGAUUGUCUGUCUGUCACCUGACUGUCUCUCCUUCUAUACAAUCACCUAUCAUUUUGCACAUUUAUUUCUUUGAGCAUGUCUCCUUGCCUUCCUGUUCGUUUGUCCACUUCUCUAUUUAAACCCUUCCCAACGUGCCCCAGACGUUAUAUGGUUAGAUAAUUUACCUAAGACACACGCAACGAAAUUAACCUCAUUUGUAAUUUUCUUUUCAGUAAUAUGCAAUUUACUACGAAAGAUCAUGAUAAUGAUAGACGUAGUAACAACUGCGCCCAAGUCUACAAGGGUGCGUGGUGGUACAAGGACUGUCACACAUCCAAUCUGAACGGAUUGUACCUCAAUGGUGCACAUGCUUCCUAUGCUGAUGGAGUCAACUGGUUUUAUUUUAAAGGCUAUUACUAUUCACUAAAACGAACUGAGAUGAAAUUCAAAAGCAAAAAAUAA